GAAGAAGAAGAAACCCGGUUCAGGAAGUGUUUGUUCAUCGGUCCCAUGUGUUGCAGUUCACUCCUUAUUGUUUGGGACAUUACAGCAGUAGCUAUUGAAAGAGUGCGUUGUCUGAAUGAAAAGUGCAGUGGAUACCAGCAUGAUUAAAGAAAAGCGGUGGAACAUACCCCCCAAUGCUCCAGCGUGCAUGGAGAAGCAUCUGUGCUCGGCGCAAUACAGAGCAGAUGGUACUCUGCUGCUCGGUGCCUCCAGCCUCACUGGCAGGAGCUGGCAGGGAUCUGUUUGGAUCUACAGUGACCCUGAGCAGGCCCCCAAUGAGGAGCAGUGCAAAGCUGGCGUGCAGACUGAGACUGGAGUCACAGAUGUUAAAUGGGUAUCGGAAAAGGCUGUUGUUGUUGCGUCAGACUCAGGUGCCUUGGAGCUUUGGGAACUGGCAGAGGAUGAGCGGCUGCUGGUGAAUCGCUUCACCAAACAUGAGCACGACCACAUUGUCACCUCAGUGAGCCCAGUUACUGGAGCGAGCAGCGCCGUCACUGGCAGCAUGGACUGCAGAAUUAAAGUCUGGGAUCUCAGUCAGGAGACAGCUGUCAUGACCUACAAUGCACACACACAGCCAGUCAGCUGUGUUGCCUGCAGUCCUACAGACGAGUCUCUCUUCAUCUCCUGUGGUCAAGAUGGCCGUGUGCUGAUGUGGGACAGGAGGAAGCCAAACAAACCAGCCUCAAGAAUAGAUGUAGAUUCCCCCAGCUGCUUCCCUACCACUGUCGCCUGGCACCCCCACCACAGAAGCACCUUUGCUUUCGGUGACGAGCUGGGCAGAGUGACUGUGAAGGAUUUCCUGGGAACAGAGCCGGCCCGGGUUGAGGAAGUUCACAGUCGCAGAGUUAAUGCACUCGCCUUCUCUACACACAGUGCCUCCUUGCUAGCCUCCAUAAGUGAUGAUUGCUCCCUUGCUGUUCUGAACUCUGAUCUGGGUGAAAUACUUCGAGAUCGGCGACACCAGGACUAUGUCAGAGGAGUGUGCUGGCUCCACGGCGGCUCCAACACUCUCACAACGGUAGGCUGGGAUCACUUUGUUCUUCACCACACGGUGGAUCCGACUGCUGAGGCUCCCAACUCCUCCUCAUAGACCAAACAGAUGCUCACACACCUUGGAAAGGGCACGUUUUAAGUUAACCUCCCCCUUAAUACGUCGGUCAAGAAAUAUGGGAAUAUGGAUUAAAUUGUGUAAUUGUCAUUUCCAGAUAUGUGCAGAAUAUUCAGACUUUUGCUCUUCCCGUUCUGGCCUCGGUGCAUGACUGAGCUACUCUACCAAUAAGGCCACUCUGUAUCUACUUAGGUCGCACUGUAUAGCAUUUUCAUGUGUAAUUACAUUUGAGGCAACCCAUUUGUAUUUUACAUUAAAGGUAACUUAAUGUUGUGAUAGCAAAA